UUCGUUCAUUCGUUCAUUCGUUCAUUCGUUCAUUCGUUCUCGCCUCAUCUCAAUUCUCAUCCCUCUCAUUACCUCUUUUCUCCCUUCUUCUCCUCUCUUUUCUUCUCUUCUCUCUUUCUUUCUUCUCUCAAAUUCCCUUCCGUCCCCCCUGGCAUUUAAUUAAUUAUUAUCCCCUGUCCCCCUCGGCUACAUAUACCCCUCCUCAAACAUAUCCCUCAGCCGUUACGAUUCUUCGUCUAUUCCUCGUCUCAUACAUUCAUAACCUAAAAGCACCAUCGCAAUAACUAUUCAACAUGUCCUGCGACUUGACUGAUCCCGCUAUCCUCGAGGCCUACAAUGAGAUUGUCAGUGGCACUCCUACCAACUGGCUAAUCCUUGGAUACCAUGACACAAGGGACAAGAUCUCGCUUUACUCCAAGGGUUCAGGCGGACUCGAGGAACUCAAGGCCAACUUGAAGGAAGAAGUCCUUUAUGGCUUUGUUCGCAUUGAGGACCGAUUCGCUCUCCUAGCUUAUGUCUCCGAGCAAGUCAGUGGUCUUCGUCGCGCGCGCGCAUUGGUCCAUGGAAAAGCUGUGGGCGCCCUGUUCAAGAGCAGCCAUGUCCAGAUCAACUCAUCCAGUCUCGCAGAGCUUACCGAGGACAAGGUCCGCGCGCGUCUCGGACUGGUGGAUGGACCACUCACACCAGAACCCUUGGGCUCGCCUGAGAUUCCCUCCUCUCCAGCACCUGUCCCUGCCCCUCGUCCUACCACGCCUAUCUCCCCUGCGACUCCUUCUGCAGUUCAAGAGGUCUCGAGCCCUGUACGUGCAGCGUCGCCUGGCAUGUCCACACCUCGCACGGAGCGCCAGCUCGAGAUCGAAGCAGCCGAGCGUAAGGCUCGCGAGGAGAUGGAGCGUCAGAAACAGUCCGAGAUUGCCAAGCGUCAGAGAGAGACACAGGAGCGUGAAGCGCGUGAACAGGAGCUCCAGGCACAGAAGCAAGCCUCGGAGCUGGAGCGUCGUCGCAAGGAGGAAUCGGACCGGAUUGCACGUGAGGCCAUGAAGAAGCAGCUGAUCGAGAUGGAACGACUCCGUGGGUCGGGUCUCUCGGGAUAUAUCACGAUCCAGAGCUCUGGGUCGCCGUACUGGAGACGUCGGUUCUAUGUGAUGCGAGGACAGAUUGUGGCCUUUUACAGGGAUGAGAAUGAUCGACAACCGGUGUCGGAGAUGCGGCUAGGUGGACGGGUCACCAACAUUGAGGACGCGUCGUUGGACUGCCUGAUCCCCAACUCUUUCCGAGUGGAUCUGUAUAUGGGCGAAUCACAUCUCUUCUUUAGCGACACCUCCAAGGAUAAGGAGUUCGCCAUUGCUGGGUUCAUGAAGUGCAACGAAUCUGCUUAAAAAAAAGAAGGGUUUAUGAUAUGUUUAUUCACCAUUCUUUCCAUUCUCCCUACAACUGAUAUUCUUACCCUGAUCAUAAUACAACAAUACCAAGGGAACCUUUCUCCUCCCCUUCCCUCCAGCGAAGAUAACAAAUCUACUAUCACAUUUUUCUUGUACGACAUCUAGUCUUGCCCAUUCUAAUAAAAGCAGCCAGCCGAGUGCAAUCGAUGGUGCGUGAAGUCGAAGUCGAUCCGAUAUCAAAUUUUGGUGGCAACCUCCUAUUUGAAUGCAAAGAAUAUCAUGUUCAAUUGGGUCAAUCCUGUCUGGCCAAGGCACUGGUGAAUGAAAAUACAAUUCUGCGUUCUAA